UGCUCAUGUCCUGGCUAGAGAGAUCCCAGAUGACUUUUGCUGUGUUGGGACUGAGAGGGUUUUGUUUAUGAAUUUGGCAAGUUUCCCUUACUAUUCAGGCAUGUGCACCAUGACUGCAGAUUCCCAGCACUCACCCACUGAAGCUGCCAGCCCAAUACCAAGUUCCCCCAGCAUGGACUCCCCUGGCUCUGUCAGAGUCAAAUGUGAACCCAAGGGGACUUGCAGCCCAGAGGAGGGUGUGAAUGGGCUGCCAGAUGAACACAACCAGGCCUCUGGGGGCAGGAGGAGAAAACGUCCGAUCCAGCGGGGAAAGCCACCCUACAGCUAUAUUGCCCUAAUUGCAAUGGCUAUAGCUAAUUCUCCAGAGAGGAAGCUGACACUAGGGGGCAUUUACAAAUUCAUCAUGGAAAGGUUUCCCUUCUAUAGAGAGAACUCCAAGAAAUGGCAGAACUCCAUCCGCCACAACCUAACGCUUAAUGACUGCUUUGUAAAGAUCCCCAGGGAACCCGGGCACCCAGGCAAAGGUAACUACUGGACUCUGGACCCUGCAGCUGAGGAUAUGUUUGACAAUGGCAGUUUCCUCAGAAGAAGGAAGAGAUUUAAGAGGACAGAUCUCACCACCUACCCAGGGUAUAUGCAGAACAGCAGUGCUUUCACCCCCACUCCAGCUGGAAGGGCAUCCUACCCCACCAGCAUAUACUCUAGCGUUGGUUCUGGAUAUAACCCGCAGAUACACCAGACUCACCACCCAGCUAUGGUACAUCACUACCAACCUCCAGGUGGAGCUGGGCAAGGACAGCACAGGAUGUUUAGUAUAGACAGUCUAAUUAAUCAACAGUCUGUGAUGCAACCAUCCCCUGGUGCAGAGCUUACUCACCAUUCCUUAGGCUUGAAUGGGGACCUUGGGAACAUGACCAGCAGUUGUUCUGUAGGAGAUCUUUCCUGUUUUCAGACUCAGUCAAUCAGCCCCACAGGGGUAGGCUCAUUGUUAAAUCGGCCUUCUAAUGCUGUUUCUUCCAAUCUAACUUAUUCUUAUUCAUCAUCCCCACCUCACCUGUCAGUGCCCCCUGCCAGCUAUUCUCCCAAUAAUUCACAGUUAUACGGCCCCUCUAGCAGACUGGCUAUGAGAUCUGGAUCUUGUGUAGAUCAUACAGACCAGCUCCUGUCUUUGCCCGGGACUCAAAUGAAUGGGGUUUGCCAGUAUAACAACAGUUCCUAUAUGAGACAGACAAAUUUUGCUUCUGGACUUGAAAGAUAUAUGUAAGUGUCAACGAUUGUUUAUUGGUGAGACUUCAAACUGACACGAAGUCACAUCUUACAGCACACAAUUCACCUUGCUUGUCAUUUUCUUUUUUUACUUUUAUUGUACUGUUUUUUGAAGUUGAAAAUAUUACCAACAGCCUUUUCUCAUGCAUUUUCAUGUUAAAAAGCUGUUACAAAAAUUAAACUUUGUUCAUAAACGUAAUCAUUAUUCUAUCGGUUUAUCACUGUCAUCAGUGUCCCUCAGUUAAAAAUAUAGGUAAUUUUCUUAUAUAUUUAAUGUACAUAUGGGCUAACACACUUAUGUAUAUGUAAAGCUGUUUUCUUUAAAUAAAUCAUGUUUGUUACUACUUGUAA